AUGUCCUUGCUUGCUUUCGAACGCCCACAGGACAGUAUUGGGAAAUCGAGAGGGUCUAUUGUCACGGAGAUGCUGAUGGAGCUCAACACCGAUGUCACGGGCGAUUUCAUUACAGAGGAUUUAGUGACGCUGAUCCACAACAAGCCCGAGAUCUUCGAGACUUUCACACUGGUUAUAGCCACGUCCUUGACCCUCAAGUAUGUAUCGCCAUAG